GUGUUCCAAGACCCAUAUUCACUGUUAUUGUUUGUUUACAUAAGAGAUUUUCGCGCGGAAUUACCUGUAUCUACUAAAGAAUCUAGUGUUUAGUAAAUAAACAAAGUGUUUUGUUUUUUUUAUAUGAAUAAUAACAUAUUUGUAUUAUUCAUUAUAUCAACAAAUAAUAAUGCCCAAGGUGUGAUUAAUGAAGUGUAGAAAAUCACCGAUAAGAAUAUUGAUAAGUACUUAAGUUUUUGCUUUAUCGCAAUCGUACUGCAGUGCAAAAGACGCAGUUCGUAUUCGUUUAAACCAUUGUUUAUUAGAAGGACAUUCUUCAUUUGGUGUGAAAGCGUUUGUUGACAAACAAACACAAUCGCAGGAAUGCGUAAACGCUUAGAAACCGCAGUUCCUCGAACAUAACAAUACUUGUUUACUCGAUGAGGCAAAUCAUGGGUUCCCAGUCCAAAAGCGCAACGCCUGACAAUAGCGACGAUGAGAGCGGCGAAGCCUUCACCGAUGGAGACUUCGGCGACUCUGACGAUGAAAUUAACGUAGAGUUAGACGUAGUAGAACCUAGCACUGAUUCCAAACUUAACGAAACGGUAAAUUCUGAGCUGGUAGACAUGGAGAUCGCACACGGCGCCCGCAACGGCUUCGACGAUGCUAAAGUUAACGGGCUUAAGAACGGAAACGCGGAAUGUGACGGGAUGCCUAGCGCGCGGCGGGACUCACAUGGCGACCAAAAUCCCUCCAUCGUCGGCAUUCUCGGCGGCCAGCAGGAUCAUGCGGAGCAACGGCUAGCGGCGCGGCGGGCGGCGCGGGCGGAGGCGCGCGAGAUUCGCAUGCGCGAGUUGGAGCGCCAGCAGCGGGAACAGGAGGACCAUGCUGACAAGGCCUACGACAUGUAUGCCGAGACGGUGGGGCGGCGCACGGGCACCCGGCUGACGGGGCUCAGCCCCGCGGCGCUGCACUCGCCGCGGCGGAGCUCCGAGGACUCGGCCGAUGACACCUUCAACGUCAAGGACCUUAGGGGGGAGUUGAAAGAGGUAGAAGAAAAGUUCCGCAAGGCGAUGAUCUUAAACGCACAGCUCGACAACGACAAAGCGGCGCUCGGCUACCAGCUCGAAUUAUUAAAAGACCGCAUCGAGGAGCUACAUGAGGAAUACGCACAACUACAGCGUGAGCACAAAGAAAAAUGCUCAGCUCACGAGCGUCUAAAACGCGAGCACACCUCCCUGGAGCGAGAGCUCGGCGCGGCGCGGGACGCGGUGCGGGCGCGCGACCUCGCCGCCUCGGACGCGGGCUUCGCGUUCGUGGACGCCGCGCCCGCGACCAAUGGAGACCAGCACGAGAAGCAGGUGUCGACGCUGCCGCCGCUGGCGCUAGUGUCGCACCAGAACGAGAAGCUGCUGAACGACGCCGGCGAGGGAACGCUGGAUGUCCGGUUGCAAAAGCUGCUCAGCUCGAAGCAAUCUCUGGAGGGCGAGGUGCGGCGUCUCAAACUGCAGCUCAACGAGGAGCGCCACAACGGCGUCGCGCGCGCACACGACCAGGACCUCGAAUCCGAAUUGGAGGCCCUCCGCAAGUCGAACGCGGAAGCGAAGGCGGCCCGGGCGCGCGCCGAGGCGGAGGCGGCGCUGCAGGCCGCGGCCGCCGCCCGGCUCGGGGCUCAACUACAGCGGCUCAAGGCGCAGGCCGACGCCAGGGACGACGCCGAGGAGCAGCUCAAGCAGGAGCGCCGCAAGCUGCAGAGGGAGGCCCGCGAAGCGCUAAACCGAGUGGAAGAGUUGGAGACGGAAAACAGCCACCUCACCAAGCGGCUCGACAAGCUCAAGAAUGCCAAGUCCGCGCUGCUCAAGGACCUGUGACCCGCUCCAAUACCGACCUUAACCUGAACACAUACGGUCCACUUUACAAUGGAAGAAGCUGUGGCUUCGCCCGAGCCUGUGCGUUUAAAUAUGAACCCUGCUGCGAUGGCGCAGUCUUAAUUACAAUACGUACAGUCUACAUAACAUUGGAAAUCCUCAGCAGUGGCUUCGCCCGAGCCUGUGCAUUCGAAUAUGAACCCUGCUGCGACAGCGGAAAGUCUUAAUUACACCUACAGUCUAUAUUAAGAUUUUCAGCUGUGGCUUUGUCCGAACCUGUGUUCGUAUAUGAACCUUGCGGCGACAGCGCAAAGUCUAAAUUACAAUAAAACAAGCGGGAAUUAUGACUUAUGCCCGGCCCUGAUCAAUAUCAAUCUUAACCCAACGACGUAAAGUAUAAAUUAUAAUGAACUCGUGCCCAUGCCGCAAAUUCUAAAUUUGUAAAAAUCAAUCGUAUGGUCUUGCGUCUCUGUGCUCAGUUAACAUGAAUCCAACCUUAACGCCUGGACGUAAGGUCUAUAUUUAAGUAAUUAUAUAUUUCGAACUGCGCUAAAGUAAUAUAAACCGGCAUACAGUUAAGGUAUAAAAUUAGUUGAAACAAUAAGUCUACUGUUCUCAUUUAUGAGGUCCAAGUUAACGCAUAUGUAUACAAAAUGCAUUUUUACUCAGUAAAGUAGCCUUUUCAUGACGCGGCAUUUGUAAAAUUUAUUUUUAACAGUCCAAUACUGUUCAAAUGAAUUUUCUCAAAUGAUUUUUACGCCUAAGACCCUAAUCUGUUAAACAAAAGCCAUUGUUUCUUUUAUGUGAGCGGUCGGCCAAGGUGUCUGAGCGCGUGCCAAAGCAACAAUGUCGUUUAAAUACCAUUACGAAAGUUAUGCAUGCAUUACGAAAGUUAUAAAUUACACGUGAAACGGUUGGUAAAACUACUUUCACGUCAAUGUCACGCCACUAAUUUCGUAAUGUAAAUUCCGCUUAAUGGCUCCUCUACACGAUCGCCCAACGUAGGCCAAUCUAAGGGACGCAUUUAUGCGUUAGAGCGAGCAAGUGAUAUUGCUAUCUCAUUUCCACCGCAUAGCUGCGUCCCUUUGGCCUUGGCCUACGUUGGCCGAUCGUGUAGAGAUUACUCGCCUGCAGUUGGUGCUCUAAUGAGGGGCGCGCAGUUCCAAAAUGGUGGUUUAAUCUUUAAGAUAUGGUUUUGGAAAUGAAAGUCCAUAUGAACAAGCCGUGACAUGUUAUACACCCAAAUAAUUUGGUUGUGUUAGGAAACAUUUAAUAAUUCUUUGUAAAUUGCUUGAUAAAUGUUAAUUUUUGUAAAAAAUAAUCAUGUGUAUAAUUAAUAAUUUGUUUUAAUGAUAAUUAUUUAUUCCUAAUGCAUUGAAUUAUGUUCGUAUUUUUCUGUAUAUUUUCUAUUUUAUUUUAGAAUAAUGACAGCUUGCCGAUAUUUCGCUUCGCGUACUAAAUACUAAAAAAAUAUUUUAUUACUUGCCAUUCGGUAUCACAAAUUUGUUUUAUAUUGCAAUAAAAUGGGUAAUUUAAGAGUUAGUUCGAAUGAAAGAGUGGGAAGGUUACAUAGUUAAUAAAGGGGGUAAGAGACACCCAAUCAGAAAAAUGGGACACGUACAUGCAUUUACUAUUAUUCGGAUUAUAUAGUUUGGACAAUAUACCUACGUCGACAAACGGAGCAAAGUAGACUUCCCUUCCCCUUCCUUUCCCCUCCCUAUCACCCCUUCCCCUCCUAGAUCCCUUUUUAGUUGUUAUAGUCCUGUCAAAGCUGUCAAAAAAGACAGUACGAUUCCCUAGAUAGAAAGGUCCUUAUUGCACAUGAAACCUAAGGACCCUACUCUGAUGGAAAGCCACAUAUAAUCAGUCGGUAAGUUCUAAAUCGUACACAAGCUGUAAUAUACAGUACCGGCCAAUAAUAUAUCACCUCCAUUUUUUACGGUAUAACUUUUAUUUAUUUAUUUGUGAGCGACUUCCACCUCACUGCUUUAGGUAGUCUACUAGUAUUUCUUUAUAUGGGCGAUGAGAAAAAUUGGUCUCAUGUAAUGGUUUUUUCAGUUUUUUCAACUUAAUUUUUUUACUAGAGGUUUUUUUAGUAAUAUGCUGAGUAUCCUAUUGUAAUUCACAGUAUUUCAUUGCAAUAUUAAUCAUAUUUGUAUAAAAUGACUAGUAAAAUAUGCAAUCUACAAACCAAACUAUAUUGUUUACUCUAUACAAGCUCAUACAAAAACACUCAAAGGUGGUAUAUUAUUGACCGGUACUGUAGAUAGAAUUUUGUCAUCUAUCCCCGAUAUUAAUUCUGUGAUAUUAAUUGGUUGAUUUAUAAAUGUAUAAAACGAUUGCUCAAAACGGUGUCCCACGUGAUGUGAUAGCAGAUUGAAUUUAAACGUCCACCGAGCGCGGCUCGCAGUUCAGUGAGAUUACAUACAUAUUGGAAAGUUACCAAACCCUACUCUUACUAAUUUACAGAGAUUAUUGAAUAAUAAAGACUGUUAAUCUCCAUAGAAAUUAAAUUUCCUACUAAAUAAAAGAGUUAGUGUCUCAUAAUACAAUAUACACGGUGGCUAAAAAUAAGUGCAUUCCCGUUUUGGGAUUAUACUAAGCAACUUUUACUAUGGGACCAUCUCCGAAAUUGUGAAAAAAAUUUGGCUGUUCCAUUUUGUAUGGGAGGGUAAUUUUUUUAUUCGCGAUUUCGUGGUUGGUCCCAUUGUAAAAGUUGCUCAGUAUAGUCCCAAAACCUCCCUGGCAACAGGAAUGCGCUUAUUUUUUAGCCACCCUGUAUAUACUUUUUAUUGCACACCUCCAUAGAAGAAAAUAAUAAGUAACCAACAGGCGGUCUUAUCGCUAAAAAGCGAUCUCAUCCAGACAAUCUUAAGUCAUAUUAUGGAUAGCAUUUAUUACGCUUGUACUCAUUAUCAAAUAGAUAAUGACAAAGUGGCCAAAUAUAGCAACAGAUCUUUGUUACCAGAUCUGUUGCUAUUAAUUUGGUCACUUGCCUUUCUAUUUGAUAUCAACUGUAUUAAAACCCACUAGUGAACUCAUUGAGAUAUAGUAAACUAAACGGCUUCACCGCAGAGACCUAAAUUUUAUGGCCUAAAUGCAAAACUUGACAUUGACAUUAGGGAAUGCAAACCGGUUUUUAAUUGUGGGAAAACCGGUUAUUAACCGAAAUUUCAACAAAUAAAAACCAGUUUGCAUUCCUUAAUUGACACUUCACGCCAAUAAGCAGGUACUGCCAUCUACAGUUCACCAAGGCAAAAUUAUAAAAACUUUAUACAGAGAUUAACAGUCUUUAUUAUUUCCUCGUCUAAACUAAUGUCAUGAAUGAAUUUAAUAUAUAACGAGAUGAAUGCUCGCGGAUGUUCUAUAUAUUUUGAUGGGUAGAGCAAUGUGGGCGAUUAUGGACCUUGUUGUACAUGUAAUAUAGUUGUAAUUCGAUAGUCAUGCUCACAUAACUUAACCGUGCCAUCGCGCACCAAAUUAAUGUAUUAGAAUACAAUUCGAUGUGGUAGUUCUCUGUAGUAUUCAUGUUGCGGUUAGGCCGCGUACACACUGUACUAUAUUCAAAAAUAAAGAUUCAUUGGAAAGAUGUGUAAACUUCGUGCUUCAAUUUUUGACAUCUGAUGUAGAUGGCGCUGUAGGAGUCGAUAAAUUAUGCGGUAACUGGUUGUCAAAAGUUGACCUUUUACAAUAGGGAGUAUUACUGCAAAGUUCUGCCACCAGAGCGCAUAUCCUAAACCAUCAGGUGGGAUCGUGGUCAAACGCCUGCCUAUUCAUCAUUAAAAAAAAACCAUAAAGUAACUUGUACACACUUCGCUUUAAAAUAGUUUUUUGACAAGUUUUUACAGAUAAUUUGUUGCGAAUAAAUAUGACAUUGAUGCAUCAAGACGGUUUGUUUACAGGGACUUACCGCGAAACGCUAAAAUUUAAAUUUCGUUAUCUGCUUCUCUAUCGUUCGAAUAUGCAAGUGUGAUAGAGAGGCAGAUAACGAAAUUUCGAUUUUCAUAUUUCGCAGUAGACCCUUUUAAUGUGCUAGUAGCUCCCCCUACGCAGAGUUUUGCAAUAUAUUCCCUAUUCAGUGACCACAAAACAUGGCGCCGUACCUUAUUCUUCAGCUGUCAAACACGGAGCACGAUUUUUUCUCAGAAUUUACACCUCUUUCUAAAUACGAGUAAAUGCAGUGUGCUCGCGGUUUUAGUGAUAUGCUUGUCAGAUGUUUUUAUAUACGGUUGAAUGGUCGAAUGAAGUAUAAUAAAUAAAUAAUGGCGGGUCGUUUCGGCCCCGUAGAGGUAGAAUUUUAUAUGCCACAAAUAUAACUGCACCUGCAUUUAGAGGCCUCGUGCAUUUGCAUGGUGUAAAUCAGGAGUUCUCAACCAGCAAUUACGUAAUACCAAACUCGCGUAGAUUUUCUUUGUUUUUGCAACAUUUAGAGAAGGCAUGGCAAAAAAGGUUGGGGACACCUGGUGCAAAGUAUUUAGUCGGUAUGAAGUCUUGUAUUAAGCGCUGGAUUCGCAAUUAUGUUUUUAAUCCAUCCUUUUGACCGAUUUUGUUCUUUAAAUGUUGUCUGCUAGAGUUAUGAGCUGCAAACGAUAAUGAAACUUAAGUUAAAGUUGCAUUUCGAGAGUGAUCUGUGCGCGCCUAAGGCUGUCGCUGAAAUUGAGACUGCAACGUAGUAAAGUUAAGGUACAUUAUUGUUUGUAUUACAAACUAGCAUGCAAUAUUACAGGAAUAAAUCACCCUCACUAAGUUGUAAGUAGGAAUAUCAGUUGUACGACCCCACAUCGAUGCGAAACUAUUAAAAUUUAAUUAUAAUCACUAAUAAAUGUUUAGUUAGGCGUCGGUGUGAGGUCCAGUGAACGAUGUAUGUAUUUUUGGUGCUGCAUUACUAAUUUAUUUUGUUUUAACUACGACUGACAUGAAGCGAGACUUGACUUAAUAAUGUAUAAAUUUGGAUACUUUGAAUAAACUUCGCUCUGA